AUGUGGCCCUGCUUUGGCAUACAUGCUCUUCUUAUUGUGGCUGUUACUCUGAGUCCCACGACUGCCACAGCAUGGAGUGAAAACGAUGUCACUGAAGAAGAUAUAUAUCCCCCUCUGUGGGACUUUGCCCCUGGAAACCUGCUGGAUUUCCCAAUAAAGGACAACAAAAUUGUCAUCAAUGCUUGGAACUAUCGAGAACGACUGGGAGUGUAUAAGGUCUUGCUGAAGUCUUCAGCCAAAUAUUUUAGUGCCUUUGGACCCCAAAAUUCUGGCAAUAUUCUCUGGGGAUUACCGUUGCAGCACGGUUGGCAAUUCCGUACAGGUAGGUUAGCAGAUCCUUCUCAUGCAACUUCCUGUGGCUAUGAAAGUGGAAACCUCCUGUGCCAAUCUGUAAGAAGCUGGUGGUCCUGUAUGAAUUACUACCUGUCUGUGAUCCCCUUUCUGGGGGCAGUGGAGGCUGGGCUCUUUGGGCAGCUGCCACACGAGAUAGAAAUACUGCCACCAGAGGAGCAAAGAGAGGAUUUCUGUUACAGUGUUUCCGACUGCAGAUCUCGCAUGCCCAAGCUCCUGGAUGGCUGGACAGCCUUUUUUGAUUAUCUGCUGUCUACAGAAGACAAAGCUGUGUGCCCUGCAACCAUCUCCUCCUUCAAACUGGAUGAUGCCCUCGGUCUCAUGUGGAAGGCGCAUGUUCUCUCCAUUGCUUAUGCACUCCCCAAGUUCCAGGACAGAUUAAAAUAUCUCUCUAAGCCAGAAGAAAAUUUUGGUGAAGACUGGUCUAAUGCUGUAGAUUUCAUUGCAGCCACACACUUCUCCACAGAUUUGCUGACAACAAACAAGUUCCAGGCUUUUCUGCCCCAGAGGAUGCUUGUUGAAGGGGAUGUCAUCCCAUCCAUUAGUGACUUCACCCGACAACAAAAUAAAGUCCUGUUUGCAUUGAGAGCUCUUCACAAAGCAAAUAAAUGGACAGGAGGAUUGCUGCUGAAGCUUUGGCAAAAGUCUAUGUCUACUGAAGCAGGAAGAAAAAUCGGCCGAAAACUGAUUGAAAUCUUGACUUCGAGCCAGCAGCUUGACCUAAUGGAAAUUUAG